AUGGAUCGUAAUAAUUUUCUCUGUUGGAAAUCUCAGUUUGAAGAUGUACUAGAAUUACAUGAUCUGGAAGAUGUGAUUAAGACAGAAACCCAUCCUCAGAAGAAACUUCCCGAUGGUUCUCUCAAUCCAGCCUAUUCAAAAGACAAACUAGUCUUAAGUUGGAUCAAGGCCACGGCUUCAUCUUCUAUUAAGACCCUUCUGAUUCCAUGUUCUACAGCAUAUGAGGCAUGGACGCUGCUUGAGAAACGACUGUCACCCCUGUCCAAAACUUAUAUUCGUACCCUGCGAGAUCAGAUACGCACCCUCAAAAAGGAUCCAGAAAAGUCAGUUGCUGAUUAUUUGAUCCACGCCAAGUCUCUCUUUGAUUCUGUCACUGCGGCUGGCACCUUAAUUUCUGAUGGCGAACUUAUUGAUUAUAUACUCGAUGGCCUAGGCCAUGAAUACAAAGAAUUUACUACCUCCCUUCAUCUUCGACCCUCUCUAACCUUUGAUGAAUUUUAUGAUUUGUUAAAGGAAGAACAGUUGCUGAAGAGGAUGGGUUCCAUUUUGUUCGUGAGAUUAUUGAAGAGGGAGAUAUUCUUCUUGAGAAGAUUGGAACCACCAACAAUCCUGCAGAUAUGUUGA